AUGUUCCAGUUCCCCAGCACUCACCGUGUUGUGGCUCGUCCCCCGCGGCUGAAUCUGACCAGGAAGGAGCUGAGCGCCAGGGCCCCGCUGCCAUGGCAACGGCCCGGCUCCGCUGCCAUAGCGACGCUCAGGCCCCGCCCUCUGCGCCCCGGCACAGCUGGCGCCGCUCUGUCUCCGCCGCUCUAUGGUCUGGCACCGAAGAAAGCAGCCAUCACCGAGGGCCCAGGGCAGCCUGGCCAAGGAAAGAAGAUUGGUCAUCGGAGUGUUGAUGCUUCUGGAGAAACCACCUACAAAAAGACCACUUCCUCCACACUGAAGGGGGCCAUCCAGCUGGGGAUCGGGUACACAGUCGGCAACCUGAGCUCCAAGCCAGAGAGAGAUGUCCUGAUGCAGGACUUCUAUGUGGUGGAGAGCAUUUUCUUCCCAAGUGAAGGAAGCAAUCUCACCCCAGCUCACCAUUAUGCUGACUUCAGGUUCAAAACCUACGCACCAGUGGCUUUUCGGUACUUCCGAGAGCUCUUUGGGAUUCGUCCAGAUGAUUAUUUGUACUCAUUAUGUAACGAGCCCCUGAUAGAGCUUUCCAACCCUGGUGCCAGCGGCUCCCUCUUCUAUGUCACCAGCGACGAUGAAUUCAUCAUAAAAACUGUGAUGCACAAAGAAGCUGAAUUCCUCCAGAAGCUCCUUCCAGGCUACUACAUGAACCUGAACCAGAACCCGCGGACGCUGCUGCCAAAGUUUUAUGGACUGUACUGUGUGCAAUCGGGGGGCAAAAAUAUCCGCGUGGUGGUGAUGAACAACAUUCUGCCUCGCGUGGUGAAGAUGCACCUGAAGUUUGACCUGAAAGGCUCAACCUAUAAACGCCGGGCAUCCAAGAAGGAGAAAGAGAAGUCCAGCCCCACGUACAAAGACCUCGACUUCAUUCAGGACAUGCCCGAGGGCCUGAUGUUGGAUGCAGACACCUUCAGUGCGUUGGUGAAGACGUUGCAGCGAGACUGUCUGGUGUUGGAAAGCUUUAAAAUCAUGGACUACAGCCUGCUGCUCGGUGUCCAUAACAUAGAUCAGCAAGAACGGGAGCGGCAGUCUGAGGGAGCGCACAGCACGUCGGAUGAGAAGCGUCCCGUGGGGCAAAAGGCACUUUACUCCACUGCCAUGGAGUCCAUCCAGGGUGGGGCUGCCCGGGGGGAGUCCAUAGACACAGAUGACACGAUGGGAGGAAUCCCAGCAGUGAAUGGCAAAGGAGAGCGUCUCCUGCUACACGUGGGAAUCAUAGAUAUCCUUCAGUCGUACAGGUUCAUCAAGAAGCUGGAACACACCUGGAAGGCCCUUGUCCAUGACGGGGACACGGUGUCAGUACACAGACCCAGCUUCUAUGCAGAGAGAUUCUUCAAAUUCAUGACCAACACAGUGUUCCGAAAGAAUUCCUCUCUGAAGUCAUCUCCCUCAAAGAAAGGGCGUAGUGCCUUGCUGGCUGUCAAGACUUCUGGUCCAACAGCUGCGUUCUCAGCUAGCCAGCUCCCCUCUGAGAAGGACGAAACGCAGUACGACCUCCGUGCAGCCAGGAGCUAUCCCACCCUUGAUGACGAAGGCAGACCAGACCUGCUCCCAUGCACGCCUCCUUCCUUUGAGGAAGCCACCACGGCCUCCAUAGCCACAACGCUCUCUUCAACAUCUCUCUCUGUUCCUGAGAGAUCCCCUUCGGAGACAUCGGAGCAGCCUCGGUACAGGAGACGCACACACUCCUCAGGGCAGGAUGGCAGGUCACACGAGGAGGUGCGAGUUGAAGAGGAGCUUCAGCAGAUCAGUGUGGAGCUGGAGCCCAAAUGUGAUGUUGAGAUCGUAGCUCCCGAAGAAGACGACAAGGAAGAAGCAGCUUCUUCAGCCUGUGCCAUUGUAAUGUCCACAGCUACAAUAGAGGUGGAGACGGCCAGCCAGGCCUCCGAACCAGCCAGCCAGGCCUCGGAUGAAGAUGACGUGCCAGUCACAGACAUAUACUUUCCGACAGACGAGAGGAGUUGGGUUUACUCCCCGCUCCACUAUAGCGCUCAGCUCCACUCUGUCUCCGAUGAGGAGAGCGAUACAUAAUCUCUAUGCAGACACAGAAGCCCCAGAGAGCAGCGAUUCCCUCUGCAGGUCGAUGUGUUCCCUUUUCGUUGAUGCAGCCGUUCCAGUGGGAUGGGGAAGAGCUUGCUGACACCAGUUCUGCUGCACUGCGGGAUCCCGGGCACUGCGUUUCAGACCGGAGCAAAACUAUAACCGUCUGUUCUACUUCUCCCAGAUGUGGGCAGCGAAGAAACCACCCACUCACCCACAGCUCCCAAGGGAGGCAUCCAGCUGGGUGUAGAGAAUCCUGGGUAGUAACACCGUGUUUUCCAGACGUGCACUACCGUAGCUACCUAUCCAUGUGUAAUACUGUGAACCUUUUUAAUUUUUUAAUCAUGUAUUUAUUUCUUUUAUCUUUGCACACAGACAGCACAAAUGUGCUUUUUU